AUGACACAAAACUUGUGGCAACAGUUUGACCAGCGAUUAAUGAACCUAGGGCUCUCCCAACAAGCAACUGCUGUUGCAGGUGUACCAUCAGGGGAGGACACAAAGCAUCUUAUCAGGUGUGAGCUGUAUGCUGAAGACACUGAUUCCCCCCGGUUGGUGGCAUUUGGGAAGAUGUUUCAAGGGGUCACUAUAUUAUUGAGAAUUCAAUGA